AUGACAACAUUUUCAACCACUUUAAAUCACACCAGUCUCAGAGACAUCUGGUAUACCAUGAUUGGGAUCCCAGGACUAGAAGAUGCACACAUAUGGAUCUCCAUCCCCAUCUGCUCAAUGUACAUUGUGGCCAUUGCAGGCAAUGCACUGCUAUUAUUUCUGAUCUCCACUGAAUGGAGCCUACAUGAACCUAUGUACCUUUUCCUCUCAAUGUUGGCCCUGGCUGAUAUCUUUCUGUCCACAGUCACAACACCAAAAAUGUUAGCAAUCUUUUGGUUCCAAGCUGGAGGCAUUUCUUUUGCCAGUUGUGUGUCUCUCUUUGUGGCAGAGUCUGCCAUACUGCUGGCUAUGGCAUUUAACCGUUAUGUGGCCAUCUGUUACCCACUAAGAUACACCAAUAUUCUAACACCAUCUGUCAUCAUUAAAAUGGGCAUUGCAUCCGUGACUCGAAGCUUCUUCAUCUGCUUCCCCCUGAUCUUCCUUGUUUAUCGGCUCACUUACUGUGGGAGGAACAUCAUUCGACACUCCUACUGUGAACACAUGGGCAUUGCCAGGUUGGCCUGUGACAGCAUCAAAGUCAAUAUUUACUAUGGGGUAAUAGUGGCCCUAUUUUCCACCUGCCUAGACGUGGUACUGAUCAUUAUCUCAUAUAUCCUUAUCCUUUGUGCUGUGUUUAGAAUUCCUUCUCGGGAGGCCCAACUCAAGGCUCUGGGUACAUGUGGUUCCCAUGUAUGUGUAAUUCUCUUGUUCUAUACACCAGCUUUUUUCUCUUUCUUUGCUCACCGUUUUGGUGGUCACAGUAUACCACUGCAUGUGCACAUUCUCCUUGCUAACCUGUAUGUGGUUGUACCACCCACAGUCAAUCCCAUCAUUUAUGGCGUGAAGACUAAGCAAAUUCAAGAGAGAGUUAUGCAAAUCUUUUCUUUAGGCAAGACAUUUUGUUGA